ACGCAAACGUAUAUGCUAUAAACAACUUUUCGGUCAAAAUCAACAUCAAGUCAUUAAUUUUCUUUCACAGCUGUGCGUCUUAUUUAUUGUUAUGUACAAAAGAAAUCUAAAUUUGAAUUUUUCCCUACGUUUCGUACUAAACCAAAAUCUAUAAUUAAACUGAUAUUGCGAGGAUUAAUCUGAGAAAACAGGACUCUACUAAGAGGAAGCGAUGUGCCAGAAAAGUGCAAUCAACAGCCCGGAAACAGCUGUGACCGAGAUGCUGGAAGGAAUGAGUUACGCUUUUCCUGGUCUUUAUAUAAAACCUGAAGAUGGGAUAGUGAUUAUAGAAAAGGACAGAGGUGAUAAGGUGGCUUUGGUCUGUGGCUGUGGAGCGGGCUACGAACCCUUCGCUGCAGGUUUCGUUGGAGAAGGGAUGCUUACCGGAUACAUCUCUGGCAAAAUGGCGAAGGCACCUCGUGCUGGGGUCAUAUUUUCGGUCAUAAAAAGACUGGCCGAACUCAACAAGGGUGGUGUUCUGGUUUUGAUUUUAAAUUAUUCACGUGAUGUGUUAAAUUUCGGCCUAGCUAUAGAGCGAGCAAGGUGUAUAGGAUUAAAGGUGGAAUCGGUCGUGUUGGUCGACGACUGUGCUCGAUGGAAAAUGAUGAGGGUGCAGCAGUUUUCCAACUUGGCCUACAAGAAAGGUGUCGCUGGCAGCGUUUUUGCAUUCAAAAUCCUCGGCGCAUUGAGUUCCGCUGGUGCCGCAAUAUCCCACAUGGUGGCCGAAGCGAGGAACAUCAACUACCGGCUGACCACUCUCGGCUUUGUCACGGAGCACUUCUGUUUCCCAGGAGCGGACAAGCCGGCGUACACCCUCAAGCCUAAGGAAGUUAUCAUCGGGAUGGGCAUGAACGGUGAGCGAGGCAUCAAGAGUAUUGAGCUAACAUCAGCUCGAGAUGUAAUAAGAGUGGUUAUGUCGAUAAUUUUGGAAGAAGCUAACCUGGGCGGUGAUUCGAACGUCUUCGUCUUGGUCAACCGAUUUACCUCGAUGACUGUCUCUGAAGGCUACGUCAUAGCCAAGGAGGUAUAUAAAUAUUUAGCAAAGAAGAAGUUGAACAUAAUACGCCUCCUGGUAAGUCAGUUCAUGUCAUCUUUCGACGCUAAAGGGGCCCACAUUUCAGUGCUGAACGUAUCUCAGCAAGGCAUGGAUUGGCUCCAGUUAUUAGAAAUGGAAACAGAAGCUUACGCUUGGCCGAACACCAAGAUGUCCUCCAUCAAUCCUGGUUAUCUAAUGGACGACAUCGUGGACGAUUUCGGGCCUGAACCUCAGGCCGGGAGAGGUAUGAUGCUCUCCACACACGAAAGCUGGAUAUUCCGAAAGGUCAUUGAAGCUGUUUGUAGAUCCCUGAUAGACGCGGAGUUGGUACUGAACCAGUUGAACGCCUAUUACAACAAUGGCGAUUGCGGUACGAAUCUGAAGUCAUUCGCUGUCGCGGUUUUGCAGAAGCUGAGGGGUAAGAAAGAUUGCUUCGAAGACGUCUCGCUGGUCUUCCAGGUGAUGGAGAGGUGCGCCGAAGAAGUUAUGGAUGGUGCGAUAGGUUCCGUGUACGCGGCCUUGCUGUGCGGAGCCAGCAGCAGCGCCACGAGCUGGCCAGAAUGCUUCCGGGGAGCCAUCAAGUUCUUAGGAAUUUAUUUCCCGAUGGCUCACGGCUACAGAACUGUGUUUGACGUCAUAGAUCCUGCCUGCCAAGAUUUCCUGGGUCACUAUGAACUUCUCGGUGAGGAAUUUUGGAGAGUUGCCUUACAACUAGCGGUCGAUAAAGCGGAGAAGAAAUGCGUCGAAACGUUCUCUAUGAAACCUAGAGUAGGCCUCUGCAGCACCGGCCCGGCAAAGAAUAUGGACGCAGGAGCUUACUCCGCUGUUGUGUGGCUGCGAGCGGUAAACAACGCCCUGAAAAGACUCCUCCCAUUCGACGAUGUGCCACCCCCUGAAGAAGAAGACUGGCGGCAUAGGCUCCAAUACUUACUGCUUUCGCUCAGACCGACUCAGCCCCUGUGCCCGCUCAAGGAUAAAAUGCUCAACUUGUACCUCACCCCUUCAGGGAUGGACUUCGCGGACGAAGAAGACGAAGAAGAGCAGAGCUAUUUUGAACUAACAGAGUGCUGAGCGCUAGAGGACUUUUCAAUCUACAUUAAAGAUCUGGGCGUUAUUAAUAAAUAAUAUAUAAAGCGGACCAGGAAUCUAUUAUUAAGAAAAUGUUUUAUAUUAAUAAAAUCUUUUUAGAUUUUUUUUUUACUU